AUGGUUGUUAGUGCUGCUUGGCAAUUCCACGUAGGAGGGUUUAGGAAAAUUUAUGCGGACAUUAGAGCAGCUAGUCCAGCUUGUGCAGUCUAUUUGCAUAAGAUUGGCAUAGCUCAUUGGUCUCGAGCACAUUUUCCUGGCGAGCGCUUUAACCUCAUGACCUGUAAUGCUGCUGAGCAACUGAAUAAAGCGUUGAGGGGUGGACGGAAUUCUCCCAUACUUGAGCUACUGAAAUUCAUCCAAGACAUGAUGACCAGGUGGUUUAACGCUCGGAGGAUCAAAUCUCAGAAACAGAGAGGUGCUUGUACGCCAGAGGUGGACAAGGUCUUGACUGCAAAUCUGGCUGCUUGCAAGGGUAGUAAAAUCAAUAUGGUGUCUUCCUGGAGCGUUCAAGUCGUUGGUCGAUUUGGUGAAAAGCAUCAAGUUCAGUUGAAAGAGAAGAGAUGCACUUGCCGCAUGUUUGACAAGCUCAAGAUCCCAUGUGGACAUGCAAAGAUUGCUGCGGAUAGUUUGGGUCUCCCCUAUUCUUCCAUGGUCGGGGACACUCUCAAACCAACAGAAUGGGUUCUAACUUACGAUGAUUGUGUUACACCGCCUGAAGAAGGAGUUGAUUAUGAUCUACCACCAGAGUUGGGUCAGAAAAAUGUGAUGCCGCCUAAUACCCACCGACCGUCUCGGAGGCCUAAAGAAACAAGGAUUCCAUCCACGGGCGAAGUUCCAGUAAGUCAUUCUACUUUCCAAGGGAAAACACUCUUAUUCACUGCUCAUGUACAAACAAACUUAUAUGAUUUUAGGCGGCCAGAGUUAAAAAUACCGUCCCAAACAAGUGUACCAGAUGCUUAG